AUGGAUCAGUACGAUAGCGACUCCUCAGGAAUUGACGAUUUCACCGAGACCAACGUCCUCCUUGGCUACGCCGAUGACGAUGCUUCAGACGAUUCGAUCAGUCACCUGGGCGGAUGGCCGACCUGGCUUGACCCCGCGACCCCACCACCCGGUGACUUCGCCAGAUGUAAGGUCUGCAACAACCCAAUGCUACUUCUCCUACAAUUAAACGGUGACCUGCCAGAACACUUUCCUCACGAUGAACGGUGGCUGUAUAUCUUUGGGUGCCCCAGGAAAUCCUGCACCAGGAAGAAUGGCAGCUUACGGGCGCUGCGCGGUGUGAAGAAACACAAAAUCGUAAAUUCAUCCUCACGACAACAGCAAAAUAACCAGCCUGAGAAAACGGGAAAGGCUCCAGAACCCACACCGGCAGAGAGCAAGCCCAAGCAAGAUCUUGGUUCUAGUCUCUUUGGUGCCGCCCCAUCUAGCCAAGGGCAGUCAGCCAACCCCAACCCAUUUUCGACAGCAUCCUCCCCCAGUCAAGCAAACCCCUUUGCCUCCCUUGCCCCUACAUCCAGCCUCGCUGCAAAACCGCCCCAAAAACCAUCCUCCCCUCCUCCCACCGAAUCCCUCCCCGAAACCUUCGCCGAAAAAGUCCGCCUCUCCUCUCCACCCCCACGAAAUCCUGCAAAGACAGGAGCAGCCGGUCCGCCCCUCCCAUGGCCUCCGCAAUCCGCGUUCCCAAAGCCCUAUCCGCACCACCACCUCGAUGCAGAAUACGAAACUCUCUCCCGCCCGCCGUCCCCCACCCUACCAACCACAGCGCAGCCCGUCCUCAUGGACGAGGACUCCUCCAUGACAGCAGGUGCAGAGCCCAAAGACACCUUCGAAUCCGCCAUGGACAAAUCCUUCCUGCGCUUCUCGGCGCGCCUGGGCCAUAACCCGGAGCAAGUCCUCCGCUACGAAUUCCGGGGUGCACCGCUACUCUACUCCACCACCGACGCGGUGGGGAAACUCUUCUCCAGCCCUUCCCCGUCUGCCAAAUCGUCCCAUGUCAAAGUAUCUACCCGUGGUAGUAGCGCGGGCAGCCCGAACAGGAUUCCCCGCUGCGAAUACUGUGGGCGCGAACGCGUUUUUGAAGUCCAACUCACGCCGCAUGCGAUCACGGUGCUUGAGGAGGGGCGGGAGGGUAUUGGGCUUGGACCUGAGGAUGAUACAGGGAUGGAGUGGGGGACUGUGAUUUUGGGGGUUUGUGCGGCGAACUGUGGGUUGGAGCAUGAGGGGGUGUUGGGGUGGAGGGAGGAGUGGGUUGGGGUGCAGUGGGAGGAAAGGGUUGCGGGGAAGUAA